AUGGCCAGCGUCAAUGGGAGCUUCGCCUCCCCUGCCGCGGAUGCGACUGUCACUCCCCGGCUGUUUCAGGCCGGGGGCCUCGUCUCUUCUUACCUCGAGGGUCUCAAUGCCUGGAAGGCGAUUCUAACCUUGUUCCUGGCUGCCGUGAUCUAUGAUCAGAUGCGAUACUUCUGGCAAAAGGGCUCGAUUGUCGGACCCUCAUGGAAGAUGCCUUUCAUGGGCCCGUUCCUUCAAUCCGUCAAUCCGAAAUUCCAUGAGUACAAGGCCAAAUGGGACAGCGGAGAAUUGAGCUGCGUCUCCGUCUUCCACAAAUUCGUCGUCAUUGCCUCCACUCGUGACAUGUCUCGGAAGAUCUUCAAUUCGCCCACCUAUGUCAAGCCUUGUGUGGUGGAUGUCGCGCACAAGCUGCUCGGCAAGACCAACUGGGUGUUCUUGGAUGGAAAGGACCACGUCGAGUACCGCAAGGGUCUGAACGGACUGUUUACCCGCCAGGCGCUCUCUUGCUACCUUCCCCGCCUGGAGGAGGAGUACAACAAGUACUACAAGUACUUCCUCGAGAAGUCCGAAGCGGAAAAGCAUGCGCCUACUCCGUGGAUGCCCGAAUUCCGCGAGCUCAUGUGCGCCGUCUCCUGCCGUACCUUUGUCGGCCACUACAUCACCGACGAGGCCAUCAAGAAGAUCGCCGACGACUACUACAUGAUCACUGCCGCCCUGGAACUGGUCAACUUCCCCUUUAUCCUGCCCUACACCAAGGCCUGGUACGGCAAGAAGGCUUCGGAUAUGGUGCUGGAGGAAUUCGCCAAGUGCGCGGCCAAGAGUAAGGCGCGCAUGGCCGCCGGCGGAGAAGUCAGCUGCAUCAUGGACGCCUGGGUCAAGGCUCAGCAGGAUUCCGCCAAGUAUCGCGAGAAGAUCGCCCAGGGUAUCCAGGUCGACUCCAGCGAGAAGCCUUCUCAGGUCCUCCGUGAUUUCAGCAAUUUCGAAAUUUCUCAGACCAUCUUCACUUUCCUGUUCGCCUCCCAAGAUGCCACCAGCGCCGCCUCUACUUGGCUCUUCCAGCUCAUGGCCGACCGCCCCGAGGUCUUGGACAAGGUUCGCGAGGAGAACUUGCGUGUUCGCAACGGCGACAUCGAUGCUCCCCUGACCAUGGAUCUGCUCGACAAGUUGGAAUACACUCGCGCCGUGGUCAAGGAGACCCUUCGGUACCGCCCUCCCGUCAUCAUGGUUCCGUAUCUGGUCAAGAAGGAUUUCCCCAUCACCGACAAGAUCACCGUGACCAAGGGCUCCAUGAUCAUUCCCUCCGUCUGGCCUGCCACUCACGACGAGGAGGCCUACCCCAACCCCGAUUCGUUUGACCCGGAUCGGUGGAUCUCGGGCACCGCCGAACAGCACCCCAAGAACUGGCUCGUGUUCGGCACGGGCCCUCAUUACUGCCUUGGACAAACCUAUGCUCAGCUGAACCUGAUGGCCAUGAUUGGCAAGGCCAGUCUCGAGAUGGACUGGGAGCAUUUCCCUACCGAGAAGUCCGAGGACAUCAAGGUGUUUGCCACGAUUUUCCCUCAGGUAUGUUUUCCCACCUCUUCCAGCAGUCAAUAA